UCAGAAGACAAACUGUUCUUCACUUAUGUUCUGCCCAUAUAAUUAAAGCAGUGCAAGGAGCAAUUGGAAAAAAAACAACUGACAAAGGCUUGAAGGAAUUUGCCACUCACUGUGUGGCACAACUGAUAAAUACCACAAGUCUUAAGAGGGCAGUAGAAAUUUUCAAAUUCAUGUGCCAUGUGUUCUACACCAAACAAAACACAAAGUGUGUCAACCAGUGUCUUAAACAACUUCAUGACCAUAUUAGUGGAAUAACAAUUCCGGAAGACACACUUGAUGUGAAGCCGCCAGUGGAUGACUACAUCCCUCCAGAGGCGAAAACAAUACUGGCCAGGUCACCGUUCACCAAAGAAUUUGAUAGUGUACUUGACACUGUCAUGUGUAAUGAAGAUCCAGAAGAAGAAACAGAAAUUGGCAACAACAAAUACCAUUGUCCAGGGAUACUGGAUUUUCUCAUUAAAGAUUAUAUGCCAAUUUUCCCACUCUGGUCAGGGAUAAUGCUUGGAGAUUUGACAAGACACAACGCCAAAGAAUCUAGAGAUGACGACGAACUACAGAAAACCCAUGACACAAAUUGUCAUGCAGAAAAUUGGUUCUGCAUUGUCAAAGAUAAAAUAUUACAGAAAAAACUGCACCAUCGUCCAGCAACAUUCAUUCAAAAAAUGUAUGCAUCAUUGCAAGGCCGGUACAGGGAGCACAUUCUGCAACACAACCUUCCUGACAGAAUAUUACAGAAGUGUUUCAGUGUGAAAAAAGGACGAUUGGAGGACUCUGAAGAAAAAUGGGCCAAGAAGAGCGUGUGGGCCCGAAAAGGAAAUAAAACAAAGUACUUUCAUACACCAGAUGUAAUACCUUCUCCAAAAGCAAAAUCAUCAAAACCUUCAGUCGGUCACCCAAAGUCCAGUAAGGAAGGAGAUUGUGUCAAAAUUGAGUCAAAAAUUUCACAGUCUAGAAACACAACACCACACCGUGUCAAAGGAGUGUCUAAAACUUCACAGGCAUCAGAAGCUCAGACCAAAACCGAAAACAAAGAAACCGACAGUGUUGAGGUUGUGUCAGACACUUCACAGGAAUCAAAAGCUUCUGUUCGGCAGCAGAGGUCCAGAAGGAUAAAACCACACCAGGUCAAAGGAGCAUCAAAACCUUCACAGGCAUCAAAAGCUUCUGUAACAAAGCACAAAGGCAAAAAGGAAAAAACAGACACUGAGGCCACAACUCAUGCCUGUCAUGAUGACAUUGUACAGGCUUCUUGGAAUUCAAAGGACAGUGAAGUAGUAGUUGCAGUGGUGCAGUCACUUGACACGGAUGCAAUAUAUACAUUGCACAUAACAGAUUUCAAAAGCCUCAAACCACACAACUGGUUGAAUGGGGAGGUUAUUGAAUGCUACUUCCAAACACUGUUGAAUUCAAAAGACUGUGGAAGAAAAAUAUUUUUAUUCAACCACUACUAUGCCGGUGUCAUUGUAUUUGGGGAGAGGUCUGCAAUGUCAAAUUACAGUUACAAAAAGGUCAACUUUGAGAACUAUGAUGCCAUCAUUGGAUUCAUGCAAGUACACAGUAACCACUGGAAAUUUCUGUAUCUCAAUAGGACAUUGCAGAAAGCCUUUGUGGUGGAUCCCCAAGGGAAUGAUGAAGAAAAAGAUUCUGCACUUGCUGCUAAAAGAUUCAGACAAUACUUCAAGAUGCGGCAGAUAGUUCAUAAUAAAACAGACUGGGUGGAUGUGAAAUGGACAACAGGUGUCUUGACCCACAACAUACAGAAAGAUGGUUACAGCUGUGGCAUUUAUGUCAUGCAGGUAACUAUACAAUUGAAUGUAGCCUUGGAACAACACUCAUUUUUGCAUAACCUCAAUAGUGUAAUAUAUAAAUUUCCUAUUCUGCUAUGUCUAAUUCAUUUUGCAAGUUUAUUUUAUUAUAUUUAUGUAACCAACAGAUGGCUAAGGAGACAGUGGAGGCUUUUCCAAUGAUACCAUCUGAAAUCAUCAUACCUUCCAAUAAGCACCUCCUGUCAGAGCUGCGUAAGGAGAUGGCUGUAACAAUCCUAGAAU